CAUGUAUCGUCAGUGUUUGCCGCAGACCCGUGCAGGACGGUCGCUGUCUGGUGCUCCACCCACGCGGCGCCUCUACGCUCCUCCGCUUGCGAGACGUGACUACCUAGUGAAAGUGUCUUGGGGGAAACUCUUGAGAGUAGCUCACUUGCAAGAUGUCGGUGAUUGUCAACUUGGUGGCCCUGCUUUCAUUAGCGGCAGUUGCCAUGACUGCAGAGUUUGUCUCGCAACUCCGGAAGUGCCGCGUGGACGUCAAAGUGGAGCUCGAUGAAUGCCUCAAGCAGUCUCUGGAGGACCUCCGCCCCACGUUCCGUACAGGUAUUCGUGAACUGUCACUGCCGCCCCUGGAGCCUAUGAGCAUCAACAGCAUUGUGUUCAACCAGGGCGCUGGAGCAGUAGCUGUGGAGGCAACCUUCACCCAGGUUAAGGUGACGGGUCUCUCCAACUUCACAACUAAAUUUGUCGAUGCUGAUCCGACGGCAGAGAAGCUGACUGUGAGUCUGUACGUGCCAGAGCUGGACAUCACUGGCCAGUAUAACCUCAAAGGACAGAUUUUCUUCCUCCCCGUCACUGGGUCUGGUCCCUUCGUGGCUAAUUUCAAGGGUGUUGAUGCAACAGGAGACAGUCAGUUAAAGGUGGCAAGAGGCGGAGAUGGCGUGGAUCGUCUGAGUGUGACCAACACAAAUAUUGACUUCACAAUCCGUGACCUUAACCUUCGUCUUGACAAUCUCUUUAAUGGAGAUCCAGUCCUCUCUCGGACGAUGAACCUCUUCCUGAAUGACAAUGGUCAAGAGAUCCUGCAAGAUGUGAAGCCCGAGGUGACCAGACAACUUAAUGACCUGGUGCAGAAGGUCAUGAACGAUGCUCUCUCCCAACUCCCUGUCAGCUCCUUCCUCCACACUAAUUGAAUGAGCCCUUCAACAUGAUCAUUGUUAAGAUCCUGCUUGCAAGAUGAUGCCAAAAUUUGACUGGAUCAUGGUAGAGCUCUUUUUGUGUACUGUAUAGGAAUACUGUACUGAACUCUUGAGGUCUUGAAUGUGUACAUUUUAUAGUGUAAAUUGCAAAAUUUUAUGUACAAUCUGAUUAAGAUUAAUUACCAAAUUCAUACAUGACAAUUGACAUUUAAGUAUAGUACCUAUUAAGAAUUUGCAAAUACAGAAUAUUUGUACUACUAUAUUGUUUAUAAAGUAUUUCGAGAAAAGGAUGAAAUUGGUAAUGACUUUGGGUAGUGUAUUAAUAAAGUUGUCUUGUCACAAAUCAGUAUUAUAUUGGUGCUCUGUGCCCAGUUUCUUUAAAUCACUUUCCUGUGUCUAUGAAGUUAUUUUAAUAUUUUGUAUUUAAAGUUAGAAACCCGGUUGUCCUUGGUCAACUAUAGAACUUUCUCUGGGAGGAGUAAGGAAGGUACUCUUCCUCCUAGUUUUCUUUCUACAGUCAGUAUUUACUGCCUAGCAUCACAUGGUCUCUGCCUUACCUGAAUGUACCUAAGGGCCACCAUCUUUCUAGUGCUCUCGAUGGGGGACAGUGGCUUAUCAAAGGUCCCCCCAUUGUUCCUGAGGAUUUUCUCAACCUGAUUUUGAACUUAGCAUUAUUAAUCGUUUGCACAUUUUGUUUCAAUCUUUAUCUGUUUUCCCUGCAUUCCUUCACCAUAUUCUGCAUGUAUAAAUGCUAAGUUUUAUAUUUCUUGUAUAGUUUCAUGUGGAAGUACAAGCAACUAAUUACAGUACAGUAUUUUAUAAUCAAACACACUUAAGAAAAUUUGCAUAUAUUUUGUUUUGCUAUUGAUUGAGGAAGGUUUUGAGAGUAAUAUUUUACUUUAAAUAUGGUCAAAUGUUUAGACAUGUAGGAUUUCAUAAUUGUUGCCAUGUUGCAGAUCAAGAACAACAUUUCUUCAGAAGCUGAUAAAAUAUUAAUUUAAAUUAGGUAGACCCCCUCAACUAUUGCAGGUGUACCAAAUUUUAAUAACAAACUUCGACUGCGCAUUUGUAUGCUUAUGAUGAUUAUGCGCAUUGUUAAAUAAUUAAAUAUGUACAUGUACAUUAGCAAGCUUUGUUUUGUGGAAGUUAUUCAUUUGCAUUAAGCAGCAAUAUGUUAACUGAAUUGUAUGUAAAGUUUGGUUGCACGAGUACUUCUUGAAAGAGGCAUUCUGAGUGUUGUAAUAAAGCAUACAGUAUUCCUCUCAAGCUAAAGUGCUCUCUAAAAGUAUAGUUAACUAAGUAUUUUUGUGUCUAUAUCUUGAGGAAGUAUUGAAUGCACCAACCACCAGUGUCCCCAACUCACUAAUAAGUAAAUCUUAAAUUUAUAAAUGAUGCUGAUUCGUACAGCAUUGGAUCCUGUACAUUAAUAUUUCAUAUACAGUAUUGCUGUUUUAAGAUCAAUUGAUCAAACAGACAAAAAAAAAUAUUCAGAUAUUCACACUCAAAAAGAUUGGCAGCUUGUAUAAAUUUAAACUAAAUUUGUUUCUCAUAGUUUGUGUUCAUUUUCAGUCACAAUUGUACUCGCCUAGUUGUGCUUGUGGGGGUUGAGCUUCGGCUCUACUCCCACAAGCUCAAGAUCUUCAAUUGUCUGAGGAUCUUAUAAAAAAGUGGAAUCAGAUUGGUUAAUUAUGGACCCCAUACACAUCCUUUGGGUAGUGGCAAUUUUUUUUUAUUCAUAUACAGUGUAAUCGUUUUAAGAACCAGACAAAAAUGUACUGGUAAUUUAAGCAAAGCAAUUUGAAUUUAUAGUGGACUAGUUACAUCCAGUUUUCAUCUGUAAACCAUGCAACAUGAGCAUUCAAAAUAUGAAUGCAUUUUAAUGUUUUAAAAUUUUGUUAUGGAAAUAUAGGUACAGUACAAUACUAGUAGAUGAAACUGAAUAUUUCAAAGGCAGUAUGUGAAAUUUUGUGUUUUCUUAAUAACUAGGUGCAUUUUUUGGGCUAUCAAAAUGAAGAGAUGUUUAAAUUAGGUGUGUACUCACCUAUUUGUGUGUGUGUGUGUGUGUGUUGGGUCAUUAGGUUGGAUGAUGUAGCCCUGAGCAUUACUGUAUCUUAAAAUAAAAAUGGUCCAAUGUUGCUGUACAAAUAAAGUUUUUAUAUAUAA